AUGAGAGAGUGCAUUUCAAUCCACAUCGGUCAGGCCGGUAUCCAGGUCGGAAACGCAUGCUGGGAACUCUAUUGCCUCGAGCAUGGCAUCCAGCCCGAUGGUCAGAUGCCGAGUGACAAGACUGUUGGCGGAGGAGACGACGCCUUCAACACGUUCUUCAGCGAGACCGGCGCCGGGAAACACGUUCCACGCGCCAUCUUCGUGGAUCUUGAGCCUACCGUCAUCGACGAAGUCCGAACCGGGGCCUAUCGACAGCUCUUCCACCCGGAGCAGCUGAUCAGCGGUAAGGAAGAUGCCGCCAACAAUUUCGCGCGUGGCCACUACACCAUCGGGAAGGAGAUUGUCGAUCUCUGCCUCGACAGGAUCCGUAAGCUCGCCGACAAUUGCACUGGUCUCCAGGGCUUCCUCGUCUUCAACGCCGUCGGAGGCGGUACCGGUUCCGGCUUGGGCUCGCUUCUCCUCGAGCGUCUAUCGGUUGACUACGGGAAAAAGUCAAAGCUCGGAUUCACCGUUUAUCCAUCUCCUCAGGUUUCAACCUCCGUGGUGGAGCCAUAUAACAGUGUUCUCUCAACUCAUUCUCUUCUGGAACACACCGAUGUUGCCGUGCUUCUCGACAAUGAAGCGAUCUACGAUAUUUGCAGGAGAUCGCUCGACAUCGAGCGCCCUACCUACACCAAUCUCAACCGCCUGGUAUCUCAGGUGAUUUCAUCCCUCACUGCCUCUUUGAGGUUUGAUGGAGCAUUGAAUGUUGACGUGACUGAGUUCCAAACCAACUUGGUUCCUUACCCAAGGAUCCAUUUCAUGCUUUCCUCUUAUGCCCCUGUCAUCUCUGCUGAGAAAGCAUACCACGAGCAACUUUCCGUUGCUGAGAUCACCAACAGUGCUUUUGAACCAUCCUCCAUGAUGGCUAAGUGUGACCCUCGCCAUGGGAAGUACAUGGCGUGUUGUUUGAUGUACCGGGGUGAUGUUGUGCCGAAGGAUGUGAAUGCUGCCGUGGCCACCAUCAAGACUAAGAGAACCAUCCAGUUUGUGGAUUGGUGCCCAACUGGGUUCAAGUGUGGUAUCAAUUAUCAGCCUCCUACUGUUGUUCCCGGAGGUGACCUUGCGAAGGUGCAGAGGGCUGUGUGCAUGAUUUCCAACUCAACCAGUGUGGCCGAAGUGUUCUCCAGGAUUGAUCAUAAGUUUGAUCUGAUGUAUGCUAAGAGGGCCUUCGUGCACUGGUAUGUGGGUGAAGGCAUGGAAGAGGGUGAGUUCUCAGAGGCUCGUGAGGACCUUGCUGCUCUUGAGAAAGAUUAUGAGGAGGUUGGUGCCGAGUCUGGCGAUGGAGAAGACGUUGACGGAGAUGAGGAAUAUUAG